AAUAUUCAGGCGGUGACGCAAUAUAAUUUAAACCAUAAUAACUCAGUACAAAGAAGUUCGCAAACAGAAUAGAACAUAACAGUUAUACCUCUUAGUAUGGUCAAGGGCGAACCCAGAAGGGCAAAACAUAAAAACAAAAUGACCGUUUAGUUUCGAUUGUGUUCUGGAUUCCCAUAAGGAACUGAUAAUUGUGUAGAAAGAAGUACAGAAUUAGAUAUGCCAUCUACAACGGUGCAAUAAGGAAUUAUAUAAAGUGAUAAAUUUAGCAGAAUAAACACGACUUUGGUUUAUCUUAUUGUUGUUAUGAAAGUGAUGCUUGACCUACUUUAACGAUAAUGUAGUUAUGAAACAGGACCAUAUUUAAUGUGCAUUUAAGCAUAAUUAUAUGACAGUUACUAUUGAAAAUUGAAUGGAAACUAUUUAUAUUUUGUACAACCUUUGUCGCUGCCAUAGGAUUUCUUCUCGGCAAACCUGCAUUGAGUUACAAUAUAUUCAAUUAGGUGAGGACACAGAGGUAUGUGAAGAAACAUUUGUUCAAAAUGGCAACCAGAAGAGAACAUGGAAGCGGAAGCGGAAGUGAUGAUUUCUGUCGAAACGUGCGACGAUUAUCGACUGACAUUGAACAAAUAUCGAUUGGAUUAUAGGAGCAGAUGAGAUCUGUUAAUAAUAACAUUAACAAUCUAACACUGGAGCAGAUAACUGAGGCACUUGCCCAAUUUAUGAAGGAUACCAAUGCCUUGGAAGAGUUAAAACAGAUCACGGAGAGAAAGAUAAGUGAGCUGAAAGACCUGAGGUUGAAGCUUCUGGAGCAUGCCAAAAACAGUAAUGAUAAUAUGAGACAAGUUCAAGGACGUGCAGGCACGCGGGACAGCGGUUAUGCCUCAACAGAUUCUCAGCUUGUGAAUAGGUCCGCGGGCGAGACGUCAAAUUUGGUAACCCAACUGUCCGACGCUCACCCGGAGUUGGCUAGCGUCUCCAGUAUGUCAGGGCCCCAUGCGCUAGCAACAAAUACGUCAAGGGUAUCUUUACGAGAAAGUGAGCAUGAAGAAAGGUCAGAGGCAGAAUGUUGAAAUAAAAUUUUGUUUAUAAGGCAGUGACAAUUAAAAAAAAAAGUGAUGUCAUCAUUGAACUGCAGAGAAAUAACACUCGUUCCAUUUGACAAACUGAAUAUACAGGCAUGAACUAUUAAGAUGUUGUAUAGUCAGUGAACUUCGGUGAAAUAACAAUUGUGCCAUUUGACAUACUGAUUAUGCAAACAUAAAAUAUUCAGUUGUGUAAUUUAAACAAUAUUUUACAGAUCAUUUGACAUAUUGAUUAUACAAACAUGAAAUAUUCAGCUGUAUAAUAUGAACAUAUUCCUAAAGGACAUUUGACAUAUUGAUUAUACAAACAUGAACUAUUCAGCUGUGUAAUAUGAACAUAUUCCUAACGGACAUUUGACAUAUUGAUUAUACAAACAUGAACUAUUCAGCGGUAUAAUAUGAACAUAUCUCUAAAGGACAUUUGACAUAUUGAUUAUAGAAACAUAAACUAUUUAGCUGUGUAGUAUGAAAAUAUUCCUAAAAGACAUUUGACAUAUUAAUUAUACAAACAUGAACUUUUCAGCUGUGUAGUAUGAACAUAUUCCUAAAGGACAUUUGACAUACUGAUUAUACAAACAUGAAAUAUUCAGCUGUGUAAUAUGAACAUAUUCCUAAUGGACAUUUGACAUAUUGAUUAUACAAACAUGAAAUAUUCAGCUGUGUAAUAUGAACAUAUUCCUAAAGGGCAUUUGACAUACUGAUAAAACAAACAUGAAAUAUGUGUAAUAUGAACAUAUUCCUAAUGGACAUUUGACAUAUUGAUUAUACAAACAUGAAAUAUUCAGCUGUGUAAUAUGAACAUAUUCCUAAAGGGCAUUUGACAUACUGAUAAAACAAACAUGAAAUAUUCAGCUGUGUAAUAUGAACAUAUUCCUAAUGGACAUUUGACAUAUUGAUUAUACAAACAUGAAAUAUUCAGCUGUGUAAUAUGAACAUAUUCCUAAAGGGCAUUUGACAUACUGAUAAAACAAACAUGAAAUAUGUGUAAUAUGAACAUAUUCCUAAUGGACAUUUGACAUAUUGAUUAUACAAACAUGAAAUAUUCAGCUGUGUAAUAUGAACAUAUUCCUAAAGGGCAUUUGACAUACUGAUAAAACAAACAUGAAAUAUUCAGCUGUGUAAUAUGAACAUAUUCCUAAAGGGCAUUUGACAUACUGAUAAAACAAACAUGAAAUAUGUGUAAUAUGAACAUAUUCCUAAUGGACAUUUGACAUAUUGAUUAUACAAACAUGAAAUAUUCAGCUGUGUAAUAUGAACAUAU